AGUACAAAAACAGCAUCAGAGCCUCCUUUGGCUCCACCUGUGUCUGAAGAAGAGGAGGAAGAAGAGGAAGAAGAAGAAGAUGACAAUGAGCCCCCCCCAGUUAUUGCGCCAAGACCCGAGCAUACUAAAUCAAUCUACACUCGUUCUGUGCUGGAAUCCAUUGCUUCACCGGCAGUACCAAAUAAAGAGGUCACACCACCUUCUGCUGAGAAUGCCAACUCCAGCACUUUGUAUAGAAACACAGAUCGGCAAAGGAAAAAAUCCAAGAUGACGGACGAGGAGAUCCUAGAGAAGCUAAAAUCUUUGGAGGAAACCAUAGAAAAACAAUUUCCUGCCAUCAGGAACCUUUUACAAUUUUAUUUAGAUGAUAAGAUUCACUACUUAGUGGGUGAUGAACUAUGGGUAGUCAUGGAAUACUUGGCUGGUGGCUCUCUUACUGAUGUGGUCACAGAGACCUGUAUGGAUGAAGGCCAGAUAGCAGCUGUCUGCAGAGAGUGCCUCCAAGCUCUGGAUUUUUUGCACUCAAACCAAGUGAUCCAUAGAGACAUAAAGAGUGACAAUAUUCUUCUUGGGAUGGAUGGCUCUGUUAAAUUGACUGAUUUUGGGUUCUGCGCCCAGAUCACCCCCGAGCAAAGUAAACGGAGCACUAUGGUGGGAACUCCCUACUGGAUGGCACCUGAGGUUGUAACUCGAAAAGCUUAUGGUCCGAAAGUUGAUAUCUGGUCUCUGGGGAUUAUGGCAAUCGAAAUGGUGGAAGGUGAACCCCCUUACCUUAAUGAAAAUCCACUCAGGGCAUUAUAUCUGAUAGCCACUAAUGGAACCCCAGAGCUCCAGAAUCCCGAGAGACUGUCAGCUGUGUUCCGUGACUUUUUAAAUCGCUGUCUUGAGAUGGAUGUGGACAGGCGAGGAUCUGCCAAGGAGCUUUUGCAGCAUCCAUUUUUAAAAUUAGCCAAGCCUCUCUCCAGCCUGACUCCUCUGAUUAUCGCCGCAAAAGAAGCGAUUAAGAACAGCAGCCGCUAGGACCGCGAGGCCUACCCUCCACCGUCUCCCUCCUGAGUAAGACUGAACUGAGACGCUGCUGCGGAAAAGAUGGAAGAAAAGACAGUCAAAUAGGGGUGGGGGCGAUCUUUAACUUUCAAAUGAAUAGAAACUUCUUAUAAGCCUUUUUCCUACUCCCUCGGAUUAUGUAAUUUAUUUGUAAGCCUGAACCGCAGCCCGAGCAGGGCAGCAAUGUCCAAGUGGCCACAAGCGGUCACUUCUACCGUGAAGCGAAAGAGCCAGUAGUGAAUCCCCUCAUUUUGUGCAUUCACUUUGAAGAAAAAAAGGGUUUCUCAAAGAUGCACACUCCCUCUUCAUAGUGUCGUGUUCGUUUUUAAGUUAGAGAGUAGUCCCUCUUGCAUUCGAACCUCCUUCAAAACUCCUUACCCAAUGUGAUGUUUUUCACUUGCAUUGUCAUUAGAUGUCCAGGAAAAAAAAAAAAAGACGUCAAAAAAAAAUUUUUUUAAAAAAAGCAAAAAACAAAAAGCAAAAACAAAACAAAACAAAAAAAAAACACAAAAAAAACAAAACAAAACAAAAAAAAUACCCCAGAGCAAGUACUGUGUGAACAUGUGGAAGUCCAUGCCCUCAUAGAGUUGCAAUUUUUUAUUCUUCUUCUAUAGUGGUGGCUUGGUUUGUGUACCUGUUUUUCUGCAUUUGUAUUGGAAAAGGUUUCUUUUAAGGCAUUUUUCCAAAAGCAGAGAGGAAUAUGUGUGUUCAGGAAGGGCUUUUAAAAACUGUCUAUCCAAAUAAGGCUCAAAUGGUGAGAUCCUGUAACAUUUUCACGACGAUGCUUAAGAGGUAGUUGAUGUAUCAUUUCUAUAAACCAGCUCGUUCAUCUUCACGAUGCCUGACAAAGGACACACUGAAAUUUGUGGCCCUCCUAUUGGGUGAGUCCAGGUCCUCAACCUGGGAAACCCCGAUAGGAGAAACCAUUCUUAAACAAAGAUGGGACUUUCUCUGAGAGCCAAAAGGAAAGCAAAAGGAGUGUGCAAUGCUGAGAUCUUUGUUGGACAGAAGGAAACAAAAAUCAAGAGACCUAAUUUAAUCCUCUCUUGUGCUUAUGGAACACAAGCAUUGUCAAAUAGGCACAUUAGGAGAAAAUAGACCCAUUAGCCAACAUUUGCUUAUGAUCAGAAUCAUGUGACACAUUAUAACAUUUUGAAAAUGUCUUAAAAGACCUGGAGAGCAGAGAUAUUGUAAGUAUUCAGCCCUGUCAGGAAUGAGAGGUCAGUGAAAACUACAUCCCAGUCAACAUUUGGCUCUAAGUACUUGUUCCCAUUUUCCCUCUGUCUCACCGAUUUCUGUUUCAGGAUAUAGCAUAGUCAGACAUCGUCUUUUGAGCUUUUGAAUUUCAAAAACAUGUUCAGACAGAUCUGGAAAUUCUCCAGUGAAAAAUAAUUAGGGUUUGCAAUCAUAUAUCCCAAGAAGUAGCAGUCCAACCAUGUAUCUACUUAUUAAAAAUUCAACAGUUGGCGCUUCCUGAAUCUUCUGAGAGCAGAAAAAUAUCUGGAGGGUGGCUGCAUAGAAAAGGAUAUGCUUCUCUUUCAAAUGUAUUGUCAGUUGCAUAAAUUCUGCAAAGUGGCCUAUCUAAGCCUUGGAGAAGCUAACAGUUUGUGCGAUAGAAGGCUUCUUGAUUUGUAACAUACCGAGAAUCUGAAUAAGAACCCAUCUACAUUCAGCAAGAGGGAGAAAGAGAUCAAUGGCCCGGGCCUCUCUUCUUCUCUGCUAUGGUACAUCUGUCCAUCUAACCAUCCAUCCAUUCCUUAAAAUGCAAGCACUUUCUUUAGAGAGUUUCUGCUAACCAUGUAGUGCACGUGUUUAUGUUGAGGAAACGGCGCCGCUGGUGGAUUUCCUAUUUUCCUAUUGUUUUCUUUGACUAUAAAGGUUGGGAGGGGCUUCACACCCCCCUCCCCAGAAAACACCCACAGUGAGAGAAAACAACAGAUGUGAAAAAGAAAAUCAAAUGGUAACAUUCAUUUGAAGCAUGCUGUGUUCUACUUUACAAAAAGGUGGUUCGGCCUGAAAUUUUUAACGCCACACUGUUCCAAUGAGAGAGAGAAAGAGAGAGAGAGGCCUUAAUUUUUAUUUCAUUUAAAGUUAAAUAUUUUUUUUUUAGUGUUUCAUUCAUAGUGCCAGGGAAUUCAAUGAAAUAAUACCUGGGGUGUGAAUAGAAAUCAGUACACUAACUCAGCCCUGCCAGUGGAGAGAACCACAGGGCUUGUCAGGAAGUCCUAGUUGCUGAUUAGCAUCCCUUAUAUGUCAUAAAGGCCUUUUGGGCAGGGAGAGACCUGGAGCAGUGAUCCUUCGUAUCACUCUAGGCAGAGAAAUGGUUGCUCUUUGAUGCUUUCAGUUUUGCAUAUUAACACUGAGGAGCUAGGUACUUCUUCGCCACGCCCCCAUUGUACCAAGAUUCUGUGGUAAUAUAGUGCAGUAGGCUUUACUCUUACAAAUUUAUAUCUAUGUAAAUUUUUCAACGAGAACAGCUUCUAAAGCCCCUCCCCUGUGUUGGAGAGUUAUGUAUAUUUCUAAUAAGUAUUAGCAAGAAGCUGUUUUCUCCUGCCAAAAUGAUCCUGAAGGAUUCACAUUGGGUACACUUGAACAACUUGGACUCCAGGUGGUUAAUCGUUUAUU